AGGGCAAAGGGUCAAGGGAAGGAAUCAAAGAGGGUGAAGAGGAGAAACCACAAGAAGUGGGAGAAGACAGAGGAGCGGAGACUCGGGAGAACUUCCCUGAGAGACACCAGAAGAACAACCUGCAAAGAGGACAACUCCAAAAGUUUCAUGACAGAAGACUAGGAGAGGGAGCAGAGACCAACCGAGCAGAGAAGAGGGAUCCUUCACCAGAGUUGCUGAGAUGGGGGAGCUUGAGGAGUUACGUCAAGAAGCAGAAGCUCUGAAGAAGCAGAUUGCGGAAGCCAGAAAACAAUGUGCAGACGCAACCCUGGAACAGAUCACAUCUGGGAUGGAGGUGGUUGGACGUAUACAGUUGCGAACUAGAAGAACAUUGCGUGGGCACUUGGCUAAAAUCUACGCAAUGCAUUGGUCAACUGACUCAAGGCUCCUGGUCAGCGCCUCUCAAGAUGGAAAACUUAUUGUGUGGGACACAUAUACAACAAAUAAGGUUCAUGCGAUCCCCCUGAGAUCUUCUUGGGUGAUGACCUGCUCCUAUGCGCCCUCUGGUAACUUUGUUGCGUGCGGUGGUUUGGACAAUAUGUGCUCUAUCUACAAUUUGAAGACACGCGAGGGAAAUGUCCGAGUCAGCAGGGAGCUGGCAGCUCACACAGGUUACCUUUCCUGCUGUAGGUUCCUGGAUGAUAACCAGAUUGUAACCAGCUCAGGAGACACCACCUGUGCUUUGUGGGACAUUGAAACCGGGCAGCAGAAGACGGUGUUCGUGGGCCACACAGGAGACUGCAUGAGCCUGGCCGUGUCUCCCGACUUUAACCUCUUCGUUUCCGGAGCUUGUGACGCAACCGCCAAGCUGUGGGACGUGCGAGAGGGCGAAUGCAGACAGACGUUCACUGGGCACGAGUCAGACAUCAACGCCAUUUGUUUCUUCCCCAGUGGCCAGGGCAUCUGCACGGGUUCCGAUGACGCCACAUGUCGCUUGUUUGACCUGCGUGCUGACCAGGAGCUUAGCGUCUACUCUCAGGACAGCAUCAUCUGCGGCAUCACCUCGGUGGCGUUCUCCCGCAGCGGCCGCCUCCUCUUGGCUGGUUACGACGACUUCAACUGCAACAUAUGGGAUUCACUAAAGUGUGAAAGAGUUGGUGUGCUCUCUGGUCACGACAAUCGUGUCAGCUGCCUCGGGGUCACCUCAGACGGGAUGGCGGUCGCUACUGGAUCCUGGGAUAGUUUCCUCAAAAUCUGGAACUGAAUUUUUUUGCAAGAUACUUCAUGCAGCGGAGACAGGGGCCCCUAAACUCACCUCCCCCUUCCCCACCCACCGUCCAUUUAUCAGUGCCCCUGAAUGUACCCUAAAUAGUGUCUUUUCUCACCCACCCCCCCCCCCCCAUGCCAGGCACCCGCUCGGAUUUGCUGUGACACUUGUUAGCUUCCGCAGAGCUGCAGGAGAAUCUCCAUGAGCAAACAUAACACUGCCACCUAGUUGCUGCUGUACAUACUGCACCUGGAUAUCAGCACUUAAAGCGGCGGCUGAUCACUGGACCAGUCCCUAGGACCCCCCUCCCCAGUAAAUCCUCCCCCCUCCCCCUCCAUCCCCACUAUUGUUCUCUACUCCUGCUGCAAACAUUGACAUCUGUGUGCGACUCUACUACUUAAUUUAUUUUACUGAAGCCUCUUCUCCUCCCCCCCCCCCCCCCCCCCGCCCCCUUUUUUUCUGUCACUUUUUUUUUUUUUUUUUUCAAACCGGUUUGUGUUUUAUAGAAAGAGGAAAAUAAAAUCUAUUUUAGGUCAUGGCAGCCAAAAGAUUUUGGCAUCUUUCAGACUGGCACGUUAAGGUCC